AUGCUGGUUGGAUUCAUCUCCAUCGUGCUGGCUCGCAUCGACCCACUCAUAGUCCGACUCAUUCACACUCCCAUCUUUCACCCCAUCUGUGUACCCCCGCCUGGCUCAUCCAGAGCUGAUGCUGGUGGGAUUCAUCUCCAUUGUGCUGGCUCUCAUCGACCCGCUCAUAGUCCAAUGGGUCAAGAGCCCUUCAUGUCGCCAUCGGGAGUGCACCAACUGCAUCUCUUCAUCUUCUUCCUCGCCCUGGGCCACAUCCUCUACUCGUGCAUCACCAUCAUAAUUGCCCACCGACGGGUAUGGGUGUCAGGCCAGCUGGCCCUCGCCCUGCAGGACUCUGCCUUUCAGCACCGCCAUGGCACUUCUCUUACUUCUCUUGAUGCAUCCUCUUCCCUCAUCCUCGUACCCCCUCUCCUCCCUCCAUGCACACACUCCAGGCCAGCUGGCCCUCGCCCUGCAGGACUCUGCCUUUCAGCACCGCCAAGGACUCGGCCUUCCAGCACCGCCACGGCGCGGAUUUCAAAGCGUCCUCACGCCGUGUCUCCCACUCGCACACAUUCUCCGGUCCCAUCUUCCACUCCACCCGCCUCUUCCGCUCGGGCCCCCUCACCUCCUCCACCACCCCCUCCAUCGCCCAGCGCUCCCGAAGCAUCUCCCACCACAGCAGUGGCUGCUCCCUUCUCUCACUGCUUCCCUUCCCCCGUAUCCCCCCAUGCGCGCACUCCAGUCCCAUCUUCCACUCCACCCGCCUCUUCCGCUCGGGCCCCCUCACUCCCUCCACCAACCCCUCCAUCGCCCAGCGUUCUCAAAGCAUUUCACACCAUGGCAGCGGCGCCUCCUCCUUCCUCUCCCGCCUCCCGUCCUUCUCCUCCUCCUUCCGCCUCCCACAUUCUGCCCCAUUCCCUGCACGAGACUCCUCGUCUGGGCGAUUGA